UCGAUGUACCAACAACAAAUGUUUACCUGAUGGAACUUGUACUGAUGGUGCCAGUUGUUUAAGUGAAUGGUUUGGUCCGUCUUGUCAAUAUCAGAAUCUCAUCACCGUGUACACUGCAACAGCUCGACCAAACAACUCACUAAACUGAUAGUCAGUGUAACGUGAAUACAAACAGCCAAUACAUCCAAGUGACAUGGAAUACUAGUUACCCCUUUACAUUUAUAUGGAUACGCUUCAACUCAUCACGUACCAAAUUAUAUGUCAGCAACUUACUCUCAGAAAGCGCUCUCGACGCUCGUGACAACUGUAAUGACAACUGUAAUGACGCUUCGGGGAUCACUGCGACCUCUGUCAACAUCUGAAGUCGAUUCUAUUGAAAAUGUUGAAAGCAGAGGCAUCGGGAUCGGCAUUGGAAUAGGAGCUUUGAUCACAUCUACUGUUUAUCUAAUCGUCCUCUUGGUUUUGUACCGCUUUAAGAUAUUGGCAUUAAAUAGAAAAUUGAGAAAUGAGAAAGAUAGAACAUUAACUAAACCAGAAACAAAAUACCAAACAGAACACAACCACGCCUACGAUGAAGUGACAGAUAUAGAGGCGUCUGGCAUCCAACAGGCUCAAGGAAACGGAAAUGUCAAUGAAAGUAUACACGCAUAUGAUGCCAUCAAUCUAGAAGAUGUGGGGAAACAAAAUUCAAAUUAUUGCACAAUUGAAACGUAGAUGAUUUACAUGACUUUAAUAUGUAACUAUGGAAAGUAGCGCCUACACAAACACUAAUCGCGUCAUCUUCCAAUUUUAGAAAAUAAGGAAAUGAACUAUUUCAUUGAAAUAUGAUUUAGAUCUAUAGAUCUACGUAUCGGGACGUACGCUAUGAAAUGUAGACCUAUAUGAUUUUCUCGGCCAAAUGUAAUACAAAUUACUUUAAAAACAACAGAAAUACCAUUGAACAGCCGGGUUUUUAAAGGAAUCAUUUAAUAAGUUUCUUAAUCAGUUUGUACAUUAAAUUUAAUAUGGUGUUGUGUUGACUAAUAAUGUAUAUAAUUUAAUUUUUCUAAUAUUGGUAUUGGUAGCCUAUGUUAUUUUAAAUGUGCCGAAUUUUAAGUUAUUUUGUUAUUUCAUUGCUUUGUCGCUAAUAUCGUUGAACGUGUAGUAAAGAACAUUUAGUUUUGACCAAAUAACUAUUUUAUAAAAUAUAUUUCUCAAACAUGUUUAACAUUAAAAAUAGAUAGACCUAUAAUUCACGUGUAACGGGUACCGACGGCUAGUAUGUAUAUAACUACCUUCCAGUAGAGUCGCCAUUAAUUUGUUAUUUUAUAGCCUGAAGUGUUCCUUAACUUAUUUUAUUCUAAAGUAAUAAUUAAAUGUGUACGAUACUCACAACGUGCAAAACUAGAUCUUCAUUGUUAUACUCAAAUUUGAAGAAAGAUGUGCACGAUGUGUGUUAGUACAUCAGAAUGUACAUGUAUUAAUACACAUCAUGUACAUGUACAUGUACUUGCAAUUAUUUGGCAGGGAUUUUACACAACAGAGUUUCUACGAUAAGAUGUGCCAACCGAGAUCUACAUUUUUGCU